AUCUUUUGACUAAUUUACUUUGACAAAACGUAUAAUUUUAGUCUCACAUACGAAAUAAAUAAAGAAACUUCAAUCUAAGACACUUUGAACUGUCAAUGGAAAACCUAACGAAUGUCCAGGAGGAGGAAGAGGAGGGGCCCUUGAACGUGACAAAGUUGAUCGGCGGUCCCAUAACUGCUAAGGAUGUUAAGCUUCUCCAGCAAGCAAGCUUGCACACGGUGGAGGCGGUUGCGAACUCCACCAGGAAGCAAUUAAUGGCCAUCCCCGGACUGGGUGGAGGGAAAGUGGAGCACAUCAUCGCGAUGGCCACUCGGCUAGUUCCUCUGGGAUUCCUUAGUGCCAAGACGUACUAUGAAAUGCGAGCCGACGUUGUGCAGCUCACCACAGGAUCCAAGGAGCUGGACAAACUGCUGGGUGGUGGCAUCGAAACGGGAUCCAUUACGGAGAUCUUCGGGGAGUUCCGAUGCGGUAAGACGCAGAUCUGUCACACAUUGGCGGUAACAUGCCAGCUCCCCAUCAGUCAAAAGGGCGGCGAAGGCAAGUGUCUCUACAUCGACACGGAGAACACGUUCCGACCAGAGAGACUGUCCGCUAUAGCUCAGAGAUAUAAGCUGAACGAAGCGGAGGUACUGGACAACGUGGCCUGCUCCAGGGCCUACAACUCCGACCAGCAGACCAAGCUCAUCCAGAUGGCAGCGGGCAUGCUCUUUGAAUCGAGGUAUGCCGUGGUCAUUGUGGACAGUGCCAUGGCUCUCUAUAGAUCCGAUUACAUAGGUAGGGGCGAACUGGCUGCCCGCCAGAAUCAUCUCGGUCUCUUCCUGCGGAUGCUUCAACGUCUGGCGGACGAGUUUGGAGUGGCGGUGGUUAUUACGAAUCAGGUCACAGCCUCAGUGGAUGCUGGACCCGGAAUGUUCGCUGGUGAUAGUAAAAAACCCAUUGGAGGGCACAUAAUGGCCCAUGCAUCGACAACGCGCCUAUAUCUACGAAAGGGCAAGGGAGAGACCCGAAUAUGCAAGAUCUAUGAUUCGCCCUGUCUACCGGAAUCUGAAGCGAUGUUCGCAAUUCUACCGGAUGGAAUUGGGGACGCUAAGGAGAACUGAUCCGUGAAUAUAUCAGAGUGAGGAAAUAAGUAAUAAGUUUAUGUUUGCAGUGUUUACUAGUUUAAAAGUCAUCUUUUGUCCGAAACAUUAAAUAUUUCAAAAUGUAUGCCAUGAGAAUGGUUCUCGGA